AUGGAUGCCCUCUCCCGGUCUUCGGUUGCUGUCGGAGUAGCCCCUUUGGAGAUCGGCCCUGCGCGGAUCAGUCUCCAAUCGUGCGGAGUACACGCCAGAGAAGACAACAUGUCAAGCGUGAACCUGCGCGUGAUCGACAUAGACGACGUGGAGAUCCGAUUUUCCAGUGUAGUCUCCGAUCUUUGGCGGGUCGCACAGCUUGCCAUUCUACUUUUGCGGCUGCAAGCCCGAUUGACAUAUCCUGCUAAAUGCACUGCUGUGGGUUGA